AUGAAAGAUUGCUUGUUGGGUCUAUGCUUAACUCAUCUCUUCAAAGCAAAAGGGACGUCACUCGAGGAGGUGGAGCGGAAUCACACAUUCUUUGUGAGCAAUGUGGACUUCCACAGAGCCAAGGUGUCGGCGCUUGAGUUGGCCAGAGGUGUGAAGAUGACAAAGAAGGACGCAAACACUUUCUUCGUGGGCUACCGUCAGCUGAACGAGGAGGAGGUGGACAGGUACUCGACAGAGAAUCCACCGCCUCGUCCGUAUCCUCACGAAAGUCAGAUCAACGUCACUGCACGUGUGCGGGCAUUUGUGUCGUCGUGCAACCACCUGGAGGCGAACAGCAAAGUCUGGUCCACGUCUGGAUGCAAGGUAAUGCGUGAAACAACCGCCUCAGUCGUGGUAUGCGAAUGCAAUCAUUUGACAGCAUUUGCGGGUGGAUUCAACGCCCUCGCAACAGUGGUGUCGCAUCGCCCAAGCCAGCUGAGAGGUGGGCAACCACAGGCACGUCUUAUCAAUGGGACAGCCUCCGCUUCCCCAUUUGUGCUGGUGAACUUCCUUCUGCUUCUUCAAAGAGGCCUUCUACGUGCUUUUCGGAUGUCUGCACUGUCUGUCCUCGUCACUGCCCUCCUAAUUCCCAUCCCAUAA